AUGUACCAUGCUCACCUCCUGUUUGAUAAAAUUCCACAACCAAAUAUAGUCCUUUUUAACUUCUUGGCCCAUGGUUAUGCUCGUAGUGACACCCCAUUAAAUGCUUUUGUUCUGUUUUUGAAAAUUCUAACAUUGGGUGUUGUCCCUGAUUUUUAUACAUUUCCUUCUUUGUUGAAGGCAUGUGCAGGUGCUGAAGCUCUGGAAGAAGGUAAGCAGUUGCAUUGUCUUUUGAUUAAAUAUGGCCUUAAAGGUGAUAUGUAUGUUUGUCCUGCACUUAUGAAUAUGUACAUUGAGUGUAAGGACAAUGGUUCAGCUCGUCGUGUGUUUGAUAGGAUAGCUGACCCUUGUGUGGUAACGUAUAAUGCGAUCAUAAUGGGUUACGUGAGAAGUAGCGAGCCAAAUAAGGCUCUUUUGCUGUUUCGUGAAUUGCAAGUGAAAAAAAUUAAGCCUUCUGAUGUUACAAUUCUAGGUGUUGUUUCAUCAUGUGCUUUGUUGGGAACAUUGGGAUUUGGAAAAUGGGUGCAUGAAUAUGUUAAGAAGAAUGGUUUUGAUCAAUAUGUUAAGGUGAACACAGCACUAAUUGAUAUGUAUGCAAAGUGUGGGAGCUUGGCUGAUGCGAUUUCUGUUUUUGAGAGCAUGCGUAAUAGGGACACUCAAGCAUGGUCAGCAAUGAUCAUGGCUUAUGCUAUUCAUGGGCGUGCUCGUUGUGCAAUAACUUUGUUUCAAGAGAUGCAGAACACUCAAGUUAAUCCUGAUGGAAUUACAUUUUUGGGCCUACUCUAUGCCUGCAACCACAGUGGAUUGAUUGAAGAGGGUUUUAGAUUUUUCAAUAGCAUGAAAGAAAAUUACAUGAUUGUACCAGGGGUGAAACACUAUGGAUGCCUGUUGGAUUCGUUAGCUCGGGCUGGCCGCCUUACUGAUGCUUUUAAGUUCUUAACAGAAUUGCCAAUUCCGCCUACACUUUUACUUUGGCGGACAUUGUUAGCUGCUUGCAGCAUCCAUGGAAAUGUGGAUUUGGGGAAGCUGGUACUUCAGAGAAUCUUUGAACUGGACAAAUCACAUAGUGGCGAUUAUGUGAUCUUUUCAAACAUGUGUGCACGAGCUGGGAAGUGGGAAGAAGUGAAUUACAUCUGGAAAUUGAUGAAAGAAAGAGGGAUUAAAAAAAUUCCUGGAUGUAGUUCGGUAGAGGUUAACAAUGUACUACAUGAAUUCUUCUCUGGGGAGGUUAUGCAUAUUGAGCACAGGGAACUGCACCAGGAAGUUGACAAGUUAAUCGAGAAAUUGAAAUUGGUUGGUUAUGUUCCUGAUACAUCUAUAGCUUUUCGUCCCGGCCUAAAAGAUGAAGAUAAAGAAGCUACUUUGAGGUACCACAGUGAAAAAUUGGCAAUUACUUUUGGUCUUCUUAAUAGUCCACCCGGAAAAACAAUCCGUGUUGUUAAGAACCUUAGAAUCUGUGGGGAUUGCCAUUCAGCUGCAAAAUUCAUAUCACUUAUCUUUAAACGAAAUAUUAUUAUUCGAGAUUUGCAUAGAUUUCAUCAUUUUGAAGGUGGAAAUUGUUCUUGUGGGGAUUUUUGGUGACAAAUGAUAGAUAUGCACUCUUGCGAGAGGAAACCUUUACCACGUUCACAUUAAUGAGUUUCGUCAAUUUUGAAGGUGGAAAAAGUUAUAUUGGGUAGUUUUGGUUACAUGAUUGAUGGAAUGCACACUAGCGAGACCAAGCCUAUACCAGCUUAACACCAACUGGAGACAAUGCAGAAUUUUCUUGUGAUAAUUGGGUAUUCUCAUCAGUCAUCAUAAUAGUUUAUGGUUCAGAUUUGUUUUGCUAGUGAAUGCUGGUGAAAAGCAAACCCGAGUGGCCACCAGCACUAUGUGAUCAAAAGCGAAGUUGUUGUUAUCCAACUACUGGAAAGCCAACACUUGACUUUGGCGUUCAUAGACUUUGGCCAAAUUACCACGAUGGCUCCUAUCCAUCAAGUUGUGAUAACACAAACCUCUAUGAUGAGACAGAGGGAGGGCCUCUACAUUAAUGUAUCCUGCACAGAUGAAAACCAGUUAUAUAUAGGUCGGAAGACUGGUCAUUUGGAGAUCUGGAUACUAACUCUGCACAUGAAAAUUUACGUUGGUGCAGAUCAAAGACCUGAUAAGUAGCAUGCAAGAGAACUGGCCAACGCUAGCCUGUCCAAGAAAUAAGGGAACAAAAUUCUGAUCACACGAAUGGGACAAACAUGGUACCUGUUCCCUUUCUACUCUAGAUGAGCAUUCUAAAUUCAAAUCAGCUCUGACCAUUAAGGAGAAGGUGAAUCUUCUUUCUGUUCUUAAGGAUGCAAGUACUUAUAGUUAUCGUCCAGUCCAGCAUCAAAUUAUUCUAUUAAGUCUCAAAACAAACACGUAGCAGGAAUUGAGCCAGGAGGCUUUUACAGCUUGGAAGUGAUCAAGGAAGCUGUAAAGAAUGGAACUGGACAUGAAGCAGCAAUAGAAUGCAAUAAGGAUGCACUUGGUAACAACUAACAACAAACUUUACCAGGUUUUUCUUUGUGUUGAUAAGUAUGGUACAGACCUCAUCAAUUGUCCAAUACUCCCCCAAAGGAAAUGCAAUGAAACUAUUGAGUUCGCAACCUUUGGUCCAGAUGCCUUCGUCGAGGAGGGAUCUUUCUUCACUCUUUCUCUAGAGAGUGAUCAAUCUUCAACCUACUAGGCCUUCUCUUUCCCAUGUUGCAUUGGGCCUUCUUAUGAAAUAAUUUUUCCUACUCAUAGAAUUUCCAUGCAUUUCCAUUGAAGUUAAUAGAGAUUUAGCAGAAGCAACUUUGUGCAACUUAUUUUGCUACACUUGUAAUUGAACUCCCAGUUAUUCACUCCAAUUAUCAAGAAAAAUUGGGUUCACUCU